AUGGUUUCCUUUGAUGUCACGUCGCUUUUUACUUCUAUCCCGCGGUACCUGGCAGUCGAGACCAUCGAACUACUCCUACGAGAGAAAUACGACGAAACGGAGAAUCGCCCCGGACACGCCCAAAUCAUCCAGCUCCUGAAGUUCUGUCUCAAGACGUACUUUACGUUCGAUGGAACAAUCUACGAGCAGGUGAAGGGAACGCCAAUGGGUUUGCCGAUUUCGGGACUCAUAGCCGAGGCGGUCCUUCAACGGCUGGAGUCGCUGGUUUUCCGACACCACAGACCGAAAUUUUGGGCUCGGUAUGUGGAUGACACCUUCGUCGUCAUUGAACGGGAUCGGGUGCUGACGUUCGAAGAACAACUCAACGCCGUCUUCCCGGACAUUCAAUUUACGAUGGAGGAGGAGGAAAACAAUCAGCUGGCCUUCCUGGAUGUCCUCAUCUUUCGCAAAGAUUGUGGUGGCCUAAAAACCAAAGUGUUCAGGAAAGCGACAAAUACGACGCAAAUACUGAACUUCAAUAGCAACCACCCGAUCAGUCACAAACGCAGUUGCGUAAGGGCGCUAGACCGGCACGUUGAGACGCACUGCAGUGAAAUGGAAGACAAAGUUGCUGAAUUACAAUAUCUUCGACGGGUCAUGAGCGCCAAUGGUUACCCGCGCAACUUUGUCAACCAGUGCAUACGAAAAGGACACCAGAGACCAAAUCCAACUAGCCCCAAAUUUUGGCGGGCUCUUCCAAACGUGAAGAACGUCUCGGAAGCCGUCAGUCGUCUUCUCACUCCACUUGGAGUUGGGGUUGCACACAGGCCGGAAGCAACCAUUAGGCGCCAAGUCAUGAGGCCAAAAGACCCGCUGCCACGGCAGGAAACGUCUGGAGUCGUUUACCGGAUCUGGUGUAGUUGCGGACAAAGCAAUUAUGUUGGAGAAACUGGGAGAUUACUCCGUACGCGAAUUGCCGAGCACGCAGCAGCAGUGAGGCGGGGAGACGCUAACUCUCAGGUGGCGGCACACUCGACGGGACCCUGCCAUAUUUUCAAAUUUCAAGAGGCCGAAAUCCUCGCAAGGGAUGACAACCGCGUGAGCUGCGAGCUGCUCGAGUCGUGGUUCUCAGCCCCGCAAUCCAUCAACAAGCACAAUGACCUCCCGGUACCAUAUUCCGUGCUGAGAUUUUCCCUGAGCAGAAGAAUCAGUCACGUGGGGUGGGCGCGGGCGAGCAAUUAUCACGGUGACAGUGAGCCAGUUUGCUGA